UUGCGCUUCGAUGGGACGUCACGUCAGCUGCCGUCGUGUCGGAAUUGGAAUGUUACCGACUAACAAUCGGAACAACUGAGCACUCGGUAAUUGAACACUAGGAUCAAGGAAUCCCGUCUUUAUGAACAUUUUCUCAGCUAUUUACCCAGUCUGAGAUUAGCAUUUGUUUCCUCGUGUCGACCGGAUAACUUCGCCUGCUGCGGGGCUCCCCGCCGAUCCGGUUUUUAUUCUAAAUCAGCGGGUAUGUGUGGAGGUUGUAAUAAAUAAGAAGAGAAAUGCAGGGAUUCGUCAGGUUACAGUCGGACCGCUGAGCUUCCCCUGCGCUGCGACGCUUCCGCUGGUUUUUUGCUUCUCUUUACACGGGACCAUGGAGUGAUAAAAGAGGGGGGAUAGGACGAAAUCACCCCGAGGCAUUUAGAUCCGAGCGCCGCGGGCACACCGUCGGGUUUUUACACUCCCUGGUCAAUGUGUUACCGAAUUUAACACCCUAACCGGGGUAUACCUUUCCGUCUGUGAGAGCCUCGGGGACCCCUGCCGCUGUUCAUCCAGGGGGAGAGAGUUCCUAGACGACUGUCGGACAGUUUUCCAUUUGAAUAGCCCACACCGCCAGCCUGAAUGAGAGUGAGAAGGAGCGCAGGGGAAGAGAGUCGCUGCAUGUGAUUGUGUCCGAGAGGGUCCGGUCAGCACUGGUCUUAUUAGCUGCACCCAAGCCCCUCUGUAGGCACCGUGCGAUAUGGUGAAACUCUACAGAAGAGGGAGCACGGGACAAUACUUUUAAAAUCGCCCACAUGCACUGGAUCAAUUGCUGGAUUUGGGAACCGAAUACGCAGAAGGGGGGCUGGGGAUCCUUGGAGGCUGCCGGAGGAUGGAGCGGUGUAGCCUGGGUUGGUGAGAGCCUAACUUCGGGCCAAUUUACAUUUCUUAUUCCUAAACAACUCGCCCCUGUUCCCAGGACACAUGCAGGCCAAAAAACGCUACCUGAUCCUGCUCUCCGCCGGUGCAUGUCUAGUGCUUCUCUUCUACCUCGGAGGGGUUCAACUUCCAGCGGCGGGCAGGAGCCGGCACGACCGCAGCCGAAAUGGGUACCGGCCCGACCAGCCCUGGCCUCACUUCUCAGACCCUUUACAUCUUUUCCUGCCCUGGGAUCAGACGGACAACGAGGAGUACAACCUGCACAUCUCCCCGACGCAGAAGAGGGACGUCAACACGAGUGUUUACAAAGGCAAACGCUGCCGCAUGGACUCAUGCUUUGAUUUCUCUCUGUGUCAAAAGAACGGAUUCAAAGUUUAUGUUUACCCACAGCAGAAGGGGGAGAAGAUCUCAGAGAGUUAUCAGAAUAUUUUAUCGACCAUUGAGGGGUCCAGGUUUUACACCUCAGACCCCGGACAGGCUUGUCUGUUCGUUCUGAGUCUGGACACUCUAGACCGGGACCAGCUGUCCCCGCAAUACGUCCACAACCUGAAGACCAAGGUUCAGAACCUGCCUCUGUGGAACGACGGCAGGAACCACCUCAUAUUUAACUUGUACUCGGGGACGUGGCCGGACUAUACGGAAGACCUGGGCUUUGAUAUCGGUCAGGCCAUGUUGGCCAAGGCCAGCAUCAACACCGAGAACUUCAGGCCCAACUUCGACGUGUCCAUCCCCCUUUUCUCCAAGGACCACCCGAGGACCGGCGGAGAGAGGGGGUACCUCAAAUACAACUCCAUCCCGCCUUUUAGAAAAUACAUGCUGGUGUUCAAGGGGAAGCGCUACCUGACAGGUAUCGGCUCGGACACCAGGAAUGCCUUACAUCACGUCCACAACGCAGAGGAUGUGGUGCUGCUCACCACCUGCAAGCAUGGCAAAGACUGGCAGAAGCACAAGGACGCACGCUGUGACAAGGACAACGCAGAGUAUGACAACCUGACUGGUUUUUACCCUUCACUCCACCUCCUUGCUCCCUUUCAAGCAUGAAGUAAAAGAUCUCCAGCCAGUCUAUUAGCUCCCUGGACAACCCCCCUCCCUUUCCUAUGAAGGAAUUCACCCCCUCCUAGCUCCAGUCCAUAGAAGCACAGCAGCAGCCUUUACCAGGAUAUGCAGGGACACGUUUGAUUUGCACCCUUUACUUAGUGCAAAUUAAGUGAAAGUUGACGGUGGGAGUUUUUGCUCAUAAAGUAGUAUCAGUGAUACGGUGACCCUGUCAUGGCAAAAUGCUGCUUCCCUUUUAAAAGUGCACGUAGUGUAGUUUACGUACGCUGUGGUGUGUAACAUGUUUGGUUGAAUUAUGAGG